GAUAGGUGCUCUCACUUAUACAACGACGGACUUGGUGUUCACCGUCCAGCCGACCAUCGACAUCCAUACCGACCGCGGUCACCGAACUGACGUUCUCGCCUUUUUCACGCUGCCGUUAGCUAGCAAUCGCUUCGUUCGAGAUGGCCAUCACGAAUACAGUGGUGAUUCCAAGAAAUUUUAGACUACUUGAAGAGUUGGAACAAGGACAAAAAGGUGUGGGCGAUGGCACUAUUAGUUGGGGUCUUGAAAAAGAUGAUGAUAUGACUUUAACACAAUGGACUGGAAUGAUCAUUGGACCACCUAGGACUCCUUAUGAAAAUAGAAUGUACAGUUUAAAAGUAGAAUGUGGUCCUAUGUAUCCGGAUGAUGCACCUGUUGCUCGCUUUGUGACGCGUAUCAAUAUGAAUUGUGUGCAUAAUACAAGUGGAUUGGUUGAUAAUAGACAAGUGCCAGUUUUAGCUAGAUGGCAACGUGAUUAUAAUAUCAAAACUGUUCUGCAAGAGCUUAGACGAUUAAUGACACUUAAGGAUAACAUGAAAAUGUCUCAGCCACCUGAGGGUAGCACAUUCUAGCCAUCGCCGCUGUCUGAACCAUGGAAUAGUUUGUACCUUGCGCCUCGCUACCAACCCACAGCGGCCGCACCGGUACAACCUACACAGCCGAUGCAAGCAGUACAACAACAACAACGUCGCUUCAUUGGUCGUUGCCUGAGGAUUAUAUUCCCAUGCUGCUAUUAUACAGCUCCUCAGACCGACACCUAGAUUUUACCUUUAAUGUUUGGGAAAUGUCUACCCCUUUCAUUUUUGGUUUUAAACAUAUUUCCACAGGAAUAUAAGUUUUACAGGUCAUUUUGUUUUAUAAUUUUUGUUAAUUUUUCAUUUAAUUUCAUGGUUCAGAAAGCGAUAUCACACUUAGGCAUAUUUUAUAUACUAUUAUAUUAUAUUAUAUACUCUUAAAUAGAUACUUAGACAUUGUUUUAUUUUAAGUACUAAAAAAAAUAUAUAUAUUUAAAUCAUAAUAAAUAUAACUUGAGGUUAUUUGUGGGUAGGUAAUUACUAAUUGAAUUAGAUAAUUUACUAGUAAUGACAUUCUCACAAUAUAUUCUCACCGUCUUUAAUAGCUAAAAAAAAUAUUUAUAAUAUUUAAUACUGAUCAUAAUUCAUGUUUUAAACUUUAGAUUCACUUCAGUUUCUGUGUUUUGUGUUAUUUAUUGUACUAGUUUUUAAUAUUUAAGAACAUGUAAAAAAAUACAACACAUAUUUUAUGUUUUAAAGGGUUUAAAAACUUAUUACCUGAAGUUUAUUUUUAAACAAUUUAAUUUAUAUUAUAUUUUAUUUUUAAUUUUACAUUUAAUACAUUUUUAAAUAUGUGGGGCAAGCCUGAAAUAAAUACUUAAAACAUUGUCUUGUCA